UGUGCGGUCGUGUGGUUGUCGAGAUGACGAGUUCGUGUCGUGGUGAGGUCGACGAGAAGCUGUUCGUGCUCGAACGCGAGUUAAAUGAAGAGACGAUUGAGCUGGAACGACGCGCGAGGGCGUUUGUCGAGAGUGUGAGGGCUGUGGAGGGAGACGGUCGGAGCAUUGCUAACUGUGGCGAUGCUGUCGACUUUCUCGUGAAUUCGAAUAAUAUGAGAUUUGAUGAGAUGGAAGUCUCAGUGAUAAAAGAAAUGCUCGCGUUCUUGGCAACAGAGUCUAAUGCUGAACGAUCUGGCGAUGUAGUUUGGAACCAACUUGCUCACCUUGUGUCUAUCGGACUUGUUCUGCCGACUUCCUGCCAAGUUAGAGAGCUCGACGAAGUAUCACUACACGAAGUCUGCGAUCAACGAAAGGACGAAUUGUUUACAUUGUGGCAACAAUUGAGAGUUAAGCUCAAAGCCUGGUAUUCAUCCAUCCUUCAUGCAUUACCCAGUUGUUCAUCUGUUGACGCCAUGAAUGAUAAAGUUGUUAACCUAGAGAGGCAACGCUUGGUGCAACGACUCUGCCUUCUUUAUCAGCCCGUAGACACCCUUCACUGGUACAGUCAGAUGAGAAAACACCAACUGGAGUCACACAGUCGAAAGCUAUGUCAACAUCGUGUUUCAUCGACAGAACACGGGAAACGCUUUAGUGAGUGGCUAGCUGUUGCUGAAGAGAUGAUACGUGAGGAUAUAGUGGUACUUCGAGACGGAGACUUCAUGGAUGCGGCAAGAUUGAAACCGUUUGAGUUUCUAUCGAGUACAUAUUUAUGUGUCAUUAUGGAUGAAAUGAAACGAGUGUCAUCUCUGUUAUUGAGCUCAUCGGGUGUGCAGAAGUCUGUGCUUGUCCUGUCUGAUAUUCUGGCAUUUUCGGAGCUUGUUACCUCAUGCCGACAGUUGGAUCGCUUUGUCUUCAAGAUUGUCAUGCUCACGCAUUCUCCUUGCAACGAAAAUGCAUCUGAUCAGUACCAAUGUCCGAUAGCAAAGUAUCCUGUUGACGUUCAGGCAAGUUUGAAGGAUCUGAGAGAAGCGAAGUUAUUACCGGUAGGGACGCAACACAGUGAUGAUCGGACAAACGUUGACGAAACGGUUGAUUUUAUGUGGGAGUGGUCAAUUGGGUUUGAGGCGUGUGUUUCUCUGCUGGCUCAGUGCGUUGAGACGGUGAUGAUGUCAUCGGUUCAGGGUUUUGUAGUGGAGGAGGAGGCAAGCUGUGCUGCAACCGGACAGCUGUCAUUCGUUUCUCUGGCAGAUUCGGUUGACUGUCAAUCAUCAGAUAUGCCAAAGAAAAUCACUAAGUGUUGUCAAUCAAUUGUUGAAAUUAUAAAAAGUGUGGCAUGCAUUGUUACUGUCGGAAAGUCUGCACGUUUUGUGACAGCAGUGAACUCGUUUACGAGCAUCUUGGAUAAGGUAUUGGCACCUUACGUGGAUCACACAGCGAAGAUUGCUAGUGCGGUGCCUGAGCGUAUCGCUGUUUACAACUUGUGUCUUCUUGCAAGUUCAACUGCUUACCUGGCAACUACUCUUAAUGACUGCCACGAGAUGGUAAAGGGUCAUUCAAGUGCACCACGUGUCGCUGCAGUGUAUCAAAAGAUAUACGAUUUCCAUCAUGACCUUACACAUCAACUCAUCAAGUAUCACUGCAAUAUCUGUGCUACUGUUGUCUUGCAAGAUGCAGAGAGUAACUUCUAUAGUGAUCCGAAACCAUUUCACGAAGACGAGAGGUCGUCGUUUAGUAUUCAGAUGUGGAAUUAUUAUCUUCAAGGUUUGAAACACGAUUUCUGGAUGAGUCUUUCACCUUGUCUUGCCAAGCUUGCAAUCGGUAACAUCAUGGUGGAGGGUUUACGUAUUUUGUCUGGAAGGCACAGCAGAGCAGAAGUGUCUGAAGCGAGAGAGAAGCAGUACAGGACUGAUGUUGUUGCCAUUCUCUCCAUUGCUUCACACUUCGUAUGGGCAGUUUGUGAUGCUGGUGACUUGCUAGCAUAUCAGACUGCUGCAACACAUUGGAUAGAAACAAGCACUCCCUCUAUUUCGACUCUUAUAUGGAAUCAUUGCAAUAUGCUAGGGACCUGUUUAGUCUACCAGUCAGCACCAGUAACCUCAGCACUGGUAACCUCAGAAGCAAAGUCAGAUGUCAAACGUGAUUGGCUAGAAAUAACCGAGCCACAAUUGUUUAAACAGGAAAGGCGUGUUUCUGACGUACGAUGUGCCUGUGUGAAAGCAAAAUGGCUAUUGGAACAGCCUGCUGUCAGCCAUCUUGAGCUACUGGAGUUGUUGACGAUGAACGAGUGUAUCAUUCCCAAAACUCUUUGUCAGAGUCGUACGUUUUGUUCAGAAGAGUUACUAACUUCUUUAUGGGACAUCUUGCUGUUGCUACCCAACUCACAAACUUUUCUAUCAAGAACUUCUAUUCUGGAUCUUGUUAGAGUCUCUACAACCAGUCAGGGGGUGAGUUCAUUGUUAUAUUUGAGUGCCAAAGUCGUUGUUAUUGUUGUGCAGAGUCUAGACGUAUUUGAGGCUUGGCUUGUAUCUAAACUUACAGUCUUGGUGGUGGAAGAUGCUGCUUGUCUGCCGGUGUUUCUGCUAUGCCACAAAGCUACUGAAUCUGAUUUAGAGAGCAAGCUUUUCUCAUCUACUAUCAAUCAAGUUCCCAGCAGGCUCCAGAGUUAUCUUCCUGCCAACGAUCCAAUUAAUUUAGUGUCUGAGGUCUCAGCAUGCCUUAUUCAAGUGUUUAACAAAUUACGAACAGACGUCUCUUCCUUGCCAUCCAUGCUAGUAAACUGUCUGAAGCAACUAGACAUUGAUUCACCAUCUGCCAUUGAGACUAUCUUCGUAUCUUGCUGCCAAGAGACUAUCAGAAAGUUAUUCAAAGCUAAGAUCAUUACCGACUUACUGGAAUGCCAGAUGGUCGUGGGUGAAUUGGAAAGUCAACUGGAAGCUCUAAAAAGAGACGGAAGUAUACCAAACUGUGGAAACAAAGUUAUCGGUUGCCUAAGGAAUGUCGUGGAGGAGAUCAGAUCACUUCAAGUUUCUGGCACUUCAUCUAUCCAUUGUCGCCUACGAGACAUUCAACUGAUCAAGAAUCGUGAAGCUGCAGGGAUUUGGAUUUCAGUGUUACAGAAAAAUUCCGAGGAAGUUAUGAAUUUACUUCAGGCGACUGCUGGCAUCGUGAGUCUUCCUCAUCUUCAAGUAAACAGGACUGAAGGAGACGUGACAGACUCUAGAGGUUUGAACUGUUCGGCAAGUGUGUGUUGUUCAGAGCAGUUCUGGCCUUUGCAAUCGGUUAAUCGUAUUGGCAGUGUGACGUACAGUCAGACAGCGUUGGAAAAUGCUGUCGAAAUUUGGUUACCAGAGCUACAGACUUAGAACAACAAAAAUGGUUGCAAUUGUAUUAAACGCAGGGAGUAUUCUGAUUUACUAGUAUUACAGCACAGAUAUCUGUAGUAAGUAUAAAUACCCGUAUGUAUAGAUAUACAGGUCUUUCCUAGGCCAGACAGUGGUAGGUUUGUAUGCAUUCGAUAAUGCACAUAACAGCCAUCAUCUUACAAGUAAAACAUAGUAAUGGGGUACCUGCUGUUGUUAUUUUGUU